UUUUACUACUUCAUUACUAGUCUACAUAACUAUAUCUAUUAUAAAUCUUCUGACAAUUGGUAGCACCAGUAAAAAUAUAAUAUUGAAAUCGAUCAUUCUGUGCGAAUGUCGUCGUCGUCAAGUAGUGAUAAAAACAUAUUCGAGUAUCCUACACAUAUAAUUCAAGAAAUAAUCAAAGAAAUCAAACGAAAAUUAACAGUAACAGAACAAAAAACAUUGGAAGAAUUCAUUACAACCAGAGGAAUUAUAAUAGAUAAUAAACAUAAACACACUAAUUAUAGCAAAACAGACAAGCUUACAAUAUAUAAAGGAAUUCACACAGUAUUAAAACAAUUUAAAGAUUACAAAAUUCAAAAUCAAAAACCCAUAAACGAGGACAUUGAAAUGGAGAAUACAAAUCAACCUCCAAAAACAUACGCCGAAGGUGAUAUUAUGCAACUCUUAACGGCUUUAUUGCAACAACAACAAUUACAGCAACCAUCACAGCAAUCUGAUAAUGGGCAUGUUAAAAUCCCAACACCACCCUUGUAUGAUGGAACAAGAGAUGUGACCAAAAUUGAUAAUUGGUACACAUCUGUGGAACAUUAUUUAAACUUUAACAAAUUUGACAAAUCCCGAUGGGUAACUUACGCCAUAUCAUUACUAACUGAUCAUGCACGCUUGUGGUACUAUAGAGUCAAGAAAACAUAUGAUUUAACAACAUGGGAAAUGUUUAAAGCCCACGAGGCUUUUUCAAACCAAACCUCCGUUUCGGUAAAAAUUUUGACCUUCGCUGCGCUGCGGUAAAUUUUUGACCUGCACUAUGGUUCGGUACGCUGCG